AUGACAGAACCUACAGAUUGGGUUUCAAGUAUUGUGUACAGCAGGAAGGCAAGUGGGAAGUUGAGAAUAUGCUUAGAUCCAAAAGACUUGAAUAAAGUAAUAAAACGACCACAUUACAAGACCCCAACACUGGAAGAGAUAACUCACAAGUUUUCUGGAGCAAGAGUCUGUUCUAAGCUCGAUGCAAGAUAUGAAUAUUGGUCAAUUGUCUUAGAUAAUGAUUCAAGCAAGUUGACAACAUUUAACAGUCCAUUUGGCAGAUAUAAAUUUUUGAGACUUCCAUUAGGCCUCAACCUGAGCCAAGAUGUUUUUCAGCAAAACAUGGACCAGAUAAUAGAACAAUGCCCAGGUACAGUCAGUAUCUCGGAUGACAUAGCUGUGGUAGGCAAGGACAAUGAAGAGCAUGACAAAAACCUUAGACAUUUGAUGCAGAAAGCAAGAGAACAUGGUCUUGUCUUCAAUCCAGGCAAGUGCGAGAUCCGCACCAAAAUAAUUAAAUUCUUUGGCCUUGUUUUCGAUGAAGAAGUUGUGCAUCCUGACCCGAACAAAGUAAAAUACAUAAAAGAAAUACAGCAGCCUCAGGACCCCAACAAGAAUAUUUAG